AUGGCUCCUUCGAUCCGGCUGGUCUCUGAGAAUCCUCGAAUCUGGGUCACGGAUGACAGUGUCUCAACCGAGUUCCUUGAGUCGGUAGACGAGGCUUUCAAGUCUGAGAACAGGAACGUCGUGGAGAAGCACAGUGGCCGAAAGAUCGUGGCACGCAACAUUGACUUCGAGAAGGAUGACUUGUGGCAGGAGCUGUUUGAAAGGAUCUCGGACAUCUGUGGCUUAGAAGGUGCCGUACCGGGGCACCGCAACUUCAUGGUGACCGAAGUGUAUGGCAGUGGCCAAGAUGCUCAUGUUGAUCACGCCAACGUGGAUGAUGUCGCUUCUGGGGAUCCCAUCGAUUUCUUAGACAUGGCGAGGCAAAGCCCCUCGUGUUCGGACCCACGGAGAGUCGUCCCAACCAUCUCCAUCAUCUUGUAUUUCAACUCUGUCGGAGGAAUUCGAUUUCCGUAUGCCGACGGAAUGCAAACAAUUGCGGGCAAGCGCGGGCGAAUGAUCUUCUUCGAGAACUAUAAAGAUGAGGCGAGGCCAUUGCACGCGACAUCGGCCACGCACUACGGCAUCUACUUUGAGCAAGUGCCGAAACGCCUUCUAGUCAUGGGUGUUUUGGCCAACAAGACGCCUUCCAUGGACAGAAGUGCAGAGCCUACCAAAGGGUUGAUCUACUGUGCUGGUACAGAACGGGACCCUCUCUUCCACGACAACCCUUCGUACGACACGUACAAAAGGAACGGGCAGGUCUUCGUGGCUCAAAAGCCUGACUUCAUCGUUUCGCUGGAGGUGAGUUCCUCGAACGGCGAUGUCGCAGUCUUGGGGCGAAACCUUGCCGGUGAAGAGGUCUUCAAGAAGCAGUGCAGCAAGGACACGAGCUUGAAAUCUAUCAUGGAUGACGUCAGGGUAAAGGUGGAUCCUGACAACGCCCGCAACGUGGUUCUGUGCCGAAUGGAUGGGCAACUCUUGACUGAAGAGCACAUGAACCAGAAACUUGCUGAGUGCUUCAAGGACCUCAUGGUGGGCUCACGAGCCCCUGUCCCAGACUUUGAGCAGAACCGUGAGAACUGGUUCAGGUACUGGGAUGACAACAACGAGCGAGAGCUUCACUUUCUUCCCUGCUUGCGGGCGCUCGCGAGGAGCCUGCGGCUCGAUGGGGAUUGCUCGGACAUGGGUGUGCUGCGUCUUGUCUUGGCCGAGCUUUUCGCAGAGUUCGGACUCAUGGAGGACCUGGACUCCGACAACAUCGGCGCCUCUUUCACAGUUUCGCACUUGGCCAAUUCUCAGGGAUGCGCUCGCUACUUUACGUUAAGUCUUGCUGGUGCUCAGGUCGAGAUUUGCAGUAGAAAUGACGAGCGGUCCAAGUUUUUCCUGGGCGGCUGCAACGUUGCAGAGAUUAACUCCAGGGGCUCCCAGGACUUUCUGCUCGCAGGUUCUGAGGACAGGUCCUUGGUAGAGGCCGUGCCGGAGAAGCAGCGCAACACAAUGGCCCACGGAGCAAACACGGAGAUCACUCCGCACCUCCAACUGGUUCAGGCUGGAUCUGAAGGUGUAAUGAAGAGGACUGUUUCCGAGUUGGCGUCGCAGCUGCGACAGCAGGGCCUCCAGACCACCGAUGCAAACAGGGCAGAUGCGAAAGCUGGGCAGAUGCUCGCAGAUCUCAUCGAACACCUUGCCUCGAGCAAGGAGGAGGCCUCGCAGCCGAAGUCUUCUGCGAAUGGCCCGACGAUGCUAGCGGAGCUGCGGGUUUACGACUCUGAGGCAGCAGAGGCGGACUACUUUGACAAAGCCACCGGCCAGUGGGACCUCGAGGGUCUCGGCUCGGACCUGGCGCUGGCAAAGGCUCAGGCGAAGAAGGACCACUCCAGAGCGGAAGCGACUAGGGAGGUCUCUCCGAAGGCUUCGCCGAGAGAAGCCGCACCCGUGGUGGAGCCGGUGAAAGCCCAGGAGGUUUAUGGCGCGAAAACUGCCGAGCAGCUUUUUUCGGAGCUGAGUGCUUUGGACUCCUCCGUCAACGAGGAGGACUACGUAUCCAGCGAUGGCAUUUGGGACAUCGAAGGUCUUGAGGAUGAUCUGCGCUUGGCCAAGACGAGCGCUCGUGGCGAGAGUGACCUCAUGAAGCUCUUCGCUGAGCUCAAAGCUCUGGAUCCGGCUGUUAGCAAGGAAGACUACUACGACGCAGUUGGUGAUUUCUGGGAUGUCCAGGGGCUCAUGGACGACUUGCGCUUGGCAAAGGCUUCAGCUAGUGCGCCUGCUGCAGCCAGUGCCACCCCUUCUGCGCCAUCAGCGGCCGCGGCGCCAGCUAACCAGGCUGCCAGCAGCGGACAAAAGCUGUUUGACGAGCUGAAGUCUUUGGACCCUGCGGCUGAAAAGGCAGACUACUACGACGCAGCUGGAGAUUUCUGGGAUGUCGAGGGGCUCGAGGACGACUUGCGCUUGGCAAAGGCUUCAGCUAGUGCGCCUGCUGCAGCCAGUGCCACCCCUUCUGCGCCAUCAGCGGCCGCGGCGCCAGCUAACCAGGCUGCCAGCAGCGGACAAAAGCUGUUUGACGAGCUGAAGUCUUUGGACCCUGCGGCUGAAAAGGCAGACUACUACGACCCAGCUGGUGAUUUCUGGGAUGUCGAGGGGCUCGAGGACGACUUGCGCUUGGCAAAGGCUACAGCUAGCGCGCCUGCUGCAGCCAGUGCCACCCCUUCUGCGCCAUCAGCGGCCGCGGCGCCAGCUAACCAGGCUGCCAGCGACGCACAAAAGCUCUUCGACGAGCUCAAGUCCGUGGACCAAGCAGCUAACAAGGAAGACUACUACGACGCUGCUUCUGAUUUCUGGGAUGUGGAGGGGCUCCGGGACGACUUGCGCCUGGCCAAGGCAUCGGCUGCAACUGCUCCUGCCGCAGCGGCGGCUGCAAGAUCGCCUGCGGCGCCUGCCAAGCAGGUGAAUGGCCACAGCAAUUCAGCUGCCCUCAAGGAGCCGCCCAGGGAUCUUCGUCUCACAAAGAAGGAUCCGAAAGCGCCGGACGUGCCACCCGCGAAUGGCGAGAAAAACCCGAAGCAGCUCUUCCUCGAGCUCCAGGCAGUUGAUCCAGCAGCCGUCCAGGAAGACUACUACGAUGCCGCCUCUGACCUCUGGGAUGUCGUUGGGCUCGAAGACGACUUGCGGCUGGCCAAGGCCACAUCCUCUGGCACAACCGCUGCGGCUGCAGCCGCAGAUGGCUCGACGCUGUUAGCCGAGCUGCGUGUUUAUGACAGUACCGUCACGAAGGAGGAUUACUUCGAUGCGGCCUCACGAACUUGGGACAUUGAAGGUCUUGAGGCGGAUUUGCGCCUGGCGAAGGGCUCGGCCAUUGAGAAGCUAGAGGCCUCCACCAUCAAGGUGAAUGGCCGCAACGGCCUCAACGGCGUGAACGGCGCGAGCAAAUCGAACGGCGAGAAGUCGGGUGCAAAGCUCUUCGAGGAACUGCGAUCUGUCGAUUCGUCCAUCGCCAAGGAAGACUACUACGAUGCCUCCACGAACACCUGGGACAUGCAGGGCAUGCAAGAAGAUCUGCUCCUCAUGGGACAGCAGGAAAAGCAGGACCCGGAAGGCAUUUUCAGAGAGCUUCAACAAUUUGCGCCGGGAGCGCUUCGGGAAGACUACUUCUCCGAGGCGACGCAAGAUUGGGACCUCGAGGGACUCCAGGAGGAUCUCCGCAUCUCCCGUGCGCAGCAUCCCGUGUUCCCAUCAUAG